AUGGAGGAGGUGUGGAAGAAUGUGACUCUCAACAGCCUCUACCAAGACAAGCCCAUGACGCCUGUGGACUGCUACCGCCACGACCACCCGACCUCUUCACCUUCCUUCAGGGGCAUGAUCCUACAGGACUUCCCUGCCGGGCCAUUGAACAGGCCCCUCACCAUCUCUCCACCUGCCGUCGAAGAGCUACCGGUGCCACCUCCUCCAUCCCCUCCUGCCCACCCUCAAACAGUCCUCAAUUUGAACUCGGGUUUGGAGUUCCAGCACCUUGUAGUUGAUGCCAACUCCCGCUCCAAUGCUAGCAAUUCCAAUGGCCGGUACUCAUCCGCAUUCUCGCCCACUGGGCUCUUCUCGUGCUGCUCCAACAGAAAGAUGAUGAGGGAAAGCCUCGCCAUCGGCAUUGAUCGCAAGCAUAAGAGACUGAUCAAGAACCGGGAAUCUGCCGCCCGAUCACGCGCAAGGAAACAGGCGUAUACCAUUCAGCUAGAGCUGGAAGUUUCCCAUCUAAAGGAGGAGAAUGCCAAACUAAAGAGGCAAAAUGAGGAGGUAGACUUAUUUGUUAGAGAUGAUCUUGGCGUUCCUGAUGUUUUCAUUCUUUCGGGGUUUUAA